GCCACUGACUCUGUUUGUGAAUGACGUAAGGGAGCGUGAAACAAGAUGGAGUCGCGUUAAGCAGAAACCUAUUUCUGAUGAGUUCAUCGACGCUGAGUUCGCCUCCUCCGAGGCUGCGCUGCCGUUUUAUAAUCAUCCAGUAACAGGAUAAUCUUUACGAGGAGAUAAGGCUGUCCUAGGCGUCGCUUCGCCGGGGUUUUGUUGCCUUUUCCCCCUCCCUCCUCCUCCUCCUUCUUCCUGCGACCCCUCCGGUGACAGCCGGGGAGGCGAGGCGGCUAACGGGCAGGAUGGACGGCGGAGAGUACAUCUCCACCAUGGAGAGCAUGGACACGACGUUAGCGGAGCUGGGAGACGAGUUCACCCUGGGGGACAUCGACGAGAUGCUGCAGUUUGUCAGCAACCAGGUCGGAGACUUCCCAGACUUGUUCGAGGACCAGAUGACCUCGGCAGGAUCUAUACAGAACGGCGGUGCCGGCGCCACCCCGCGACCCGCCAUCCAAACCCCACAAACUCCCCAGACGCCGACCCCCGCCGUCUACCAGAGCUCCGCCGUCGGCCUGGCCAGCUCUCAAACACUGUCCCCUCAGUCUCUACCCCUCACCCCUCCCCUUACUCCCGCUCAGACACCCUCCCCCACGACCGCAACCUCAGGGCAGCAGCAGCAGCAGCAGCAGCAGCAGGUGACCCGCAGCCCUCCACUCCUACAGCCGCGGCCUCAGUUGGUCCAGCCCAUCCAGCCUCAGCCCCAACAGACUCAGUCCACCAUCCAGAUGCACACCCAGGGCAUCCCCAUGCAGACCCAGAGUUUCCCAGUCCACACCCUGGUUCAGACCCACAGCCAGACGCCCCUGCCCAUCCAGACCCAGGCGGCUCAGACUGUGAUGAUCACCUCCAACGGUGGACGUUUCAUCCAGAACCCCGUCAUCUGCCACCAGAGCCCCGCCCCGAGUUUCCAAGUCCUCCAGCCACAGAUGCAGAGCAUUAUGACGUCGCAACAGCUCCAACCGGUGACCAUUCAGCACCAGCGUGUUCUGACCCCGACCGGACAGACCAUCCAGACUCUCUCCACAGCGCCCACCACAGUCCACACUAUGCAACAGCAGGUGCAGCAAGUACCUGUUCUGGUCCAGCAGCCUCAGAUUCUGAAGACAGACUCACUGGUUCUGACCACACUCAAACCCGACGGCACACAGGUGCUGUCUACCAUGCAGAGCCCUACAGGGAUCACCGCCUUGACCACACCCAUCCAGAACACGGCUCUGCAAGUCCCGACUCUGAUGAGCAGCAACAUCCUCACCACCGUCCCCGUCAUGAUGCAAGGAGGAGACAAGCUGCCAAUCAAGCAGCUACAGCCCGGCUCCACCCACUGCACGAACGGAGUCAGAUCCAACAUGGAGCAAGGGCAAAUGAUGGGAGGAGUAGUGGGGCCGGGAGGAGUGGUGAAGGAGGGCGAGAGGAGGACGACCCACAACAUCAUUGAGAAGAGGUACCGGUCCUCCAUCAACGACAAGAUCACAGAGCUCAGAGACCUGGUCAUGGGGAACGACGCCAAGAUGCACAAGUCAGCUGUGCUGAGGAAGGCCAUCGACUACAUCAAAUACCUGCAGCAGGUCAACCACAAACUACGACAGGAGAACCUGGCACUGAAGAUGGCCAACCCGAAGAACAAGCCUGUGAUGCUGCCCGAAGACGUGGAGCUCAAACAAGAAAUAGUGAUGAUGUCACCUCCGGCCUCGGACUCUGGUUCUGGUUCCCCUGCCCAGUUCUCUCCUUACUGCGUGGACUCAGAGCCAGGCAGCCCCUUACUGGAUCACGAGCAGUUGAAGAGUGAGCCGGACUCUCCCUCCUCGGUCGGAGUGAUGGAUCGCUCCCGACUGCUCCUCUGCGCCCUGACCUUCUUCUGCCUGUCCUUAAACCCGCUGCCAUCUUUGCUGGGCUCUGAGGACCCGGGCAGCGCCGCUUUUUCUGCAGGAUACAGGCCGCCCAGAACGCUGUCCUGGUUCCCAAGUCCCACACAGGACUUUGCUUCUUGGCUGCGGUGCCUGUUGCCGUGGGUGAUGGUGUGGGUGCUGAGCGGGGUGGGAGCGGUGUGGGGCUGCGUCAGGGUGCUCUACCUGUGGGAGCCCGUCACGCCGCUUCACUCGCCAAAAUCCGUGUCGUUCUGGAGGCACCGCAAACAGGCUGACCUGCAUCUCAACAGGGGAGAUUACACGGCAGCGAUGGCCAGUUUAGAGACCUGCUUGUCCGUCUUGACCAGAGCUCUCCCCUCAACCAAUCUGGACCUGGUCUUCUCUUUGUCCUGGAAUCUGAUUCGCUACGUCCUGCAUCGUCCAACACCGCUGGGCUGGCUGGUUCACCAGGUCGGGGGAAAGCACGAGGGGGAGGAGGCCAGGACCAGCGCGAGAGACGCAGCGCUGGUUUACCACCGGCUGAGUCAGCUGCAGCUCACAGGAAAGCUGCCUCAGCGUAGCAGCCUGUGGGCUUUGUCUCUGUCUCUGAGCGCCGUCAACCUCAGCGAGAGCGCCCAAGGCAAGAUGGCCCCUGCCCAGCUCACCCAGAUCUACGUCACUGCAGCAACAGCCCUGCGCACCAUCCUGGGCCACCACCUCUCCUUCCUACCUGGUUACCUGUUGAGCUGUGCCGAGAGCGUAGCCAACCAAUCAGAGACCAAGCCGAUCCCUGACUGCCUGCGCUGGCUCUUCACCCCGUUGGGCAGGCAGUUCUUCCUGAGCUGCGACUGGUCGGUGAAGUCCGAGAGCACAGACGGGGUGUACACGUCUCAGAGAGACCCAGCCGACCCCAUCGCCCAGCUGCACCGCUGUUUCUGCAGGAAGCUUCUGGAAAGAGCCGUUCACACCCUCAUCCAACCGCAGAGCGACUCCGAAGCAGGCAAACGCAAGAACGAGUCCGGAGAGUUUUCCAGCGCCUUGGAGUUCCUCCAGUUAUUGAACAGCUGCACAGAGGACUCUCCCUCGCCUCCUCCGCCCUUCUCGACUCCUCCCAAUCACACCACCGCUCCAGUUGGAGACCCGGUGAGUCGUUGGUGGGCUUUGGUCCUGAAGGCCGCCGUGCACUGGCUGCAGGGCGAUGACGUCCUGGUGAGGUCACUGUUGGCAGAAGCAGAGAGGAUGCCCAGGGCGCUCCACACUCUCGACCACCACCUGCCCAAGGCCGUGCUGCUGCUUUGCAAGGCCGUUCAGAUGAGUCUCUCCCCUCUGAAGGGAGAAGGCGCGAUAGCCUGCCUGUCCCACUGCGACAGAGCCAGCAGCUACCUGCGCUCCAGCGUGUCCGUGCCCCUCGCCCAGUCCGGAAACUGGCUGAACAAGGGGGUGGAGCUGCUCGUCUGUGACCUUCUGCUGACCCUGAGGACCAGCUUGUGGCAGCGGGGGAGCAGCAGUAACGGAGAACCCGGCCCAGCACCUGGAUCCCAGGUGGCUGGUUUCCAGAGGGACCUGAGCGCGCUGAGAAAACUCACACAGUGCUACAGACAGGCGCAGCACAAGGUGUUUCUUCAUGAGACCACAGUGAGGCUGAUGGCUGGAGCCAGUCCCACAAGGACUCACCAGCUGCUGGAGCACAACCUCCGACGCAGGACCCACAACGCCUACACAGCCGAUGGCGAGUGCGUCCUGGGUGAGAGGGAGAGAGCUCACGCCAUCCUGCUGGCCUGCCGCCACCUGCCCAUGCCUCUGCUAACCCCGCCCGGGCACCGUGCCCGCCUGCUGGCCGAGGCCAAGCGCACCCUGGAGCGCGUGGGAGACCGGCGGUCCCUGCAGGACUGUCAGCAGAUCCUGCUGCGCCUCAGCGGGGGCACGACCAUCGCUGCAUCCUGAGCGUGCACACACACACAGCCUCAGAACAAACACAGGUAGAUUAGGGCUCCUCACGGUUACAACGAAACAUGUAUCACACAUAGAAAUAUGUAAAGCCGGCUCCUCUUAAACACUGGAAUCUCACAUUUACUGCCACACGUCUCUCUACAUCUAACUCUCAGCCCUAUAUCUACGACGAAGGCUGCACCUUUGCUCCCUUUGAUGCUUUAGUUUCAUUGUUGCGGCACAAUCCUGCCACCUCCUGGACAUUAACGGUACCCUGCUGGCUUAACCGCCUCAUUUGAAACAAUGCUACACAACAACAACAACAACAACAACAAGGAGAAUCAGGUUUAAUAGGCCCCAAAGGGAAAAGGGACCAUUAUCUAAUAGCUGUUUUAAAUUAAUGCGAUGCAGCAGUGCACUGAUUAGCUGUAGGAUGCAGAGCUGUACAAUCAUUAAGUGCUACAAUAACGGUGUGACGUCUCGGUGAAGUCGCAAGCCUCAAUUAAGGGCUCAGGAGUGAGACGGGCCGCGGUCUGUGAAGCACGGCUGUGCUGUAGGAUGCAGACAGACCGACUCGCUUGCUUUCUAACCAUGCAGUGCUGAGUAGUGUCUCUUCUUAUCUACCUCAUACACUGAACAAUGCCAGCAUUGUACUGUGGAGCAAAACAGGACACUUAAAAAGCACCACGUCAGUGAUCCUGGAUUUGAAUAAAGUGACCGAGGCUUCGAUCCAGCAGGAGCGCGGCGUCAUUCCAACGAAAGCUUAACCGGGGCUGCUUUUUAUUUUUAGGAUGUGGCGCCGCAGUUUGACGGACAGCUACUGCUGACACACACACAAGAAACAGGGAGAUAUGAUUGGAUUUGUGCAACAGAGGGAAGCGAGUUUGAAAUCUCACACACACACACACACACUGAUUCAUAGACAUAUUACAUAUUAAAGUAAUUGUAUAUACGUUGUACAUAGGCAGAUAAACAGAAGUAGAUUAAACAAGUCCUCACCCAGCGCUUGAGAGGAGAGAUUCUGCUGUGUACAGCAGCUUUAAAGUCCGUGUAAAGUCAGAAUAAAUAUGUGCUCUGAGUUUGUCAGACCAAAGAAUAAAGUUUUAUUCACCACUUAAAUUUGAAAGAUUAAAAACGUUGACAAGUUUAUGGAAGUAGGUGUCAAAAUCGGCUCCAGGACAGGUCAAGCAGACGAGUUCAGACGUGACGUGACUGACUUUGAAACACUCUGAGCUGAGAUGAAUUCAUCUGUAUCUCUCCAGCUCAGGGUGACCUCAACGUGUCAUCGAGCCACCCACCCUUUAAGGACCGCCCACAAAAAUCCUGAGACUGAAAACCAACUAUUUUCCAACAUAUUUAAUGUAUUUACACGGACUUUAAAGAAAAGAUGUUGGGCGGUUUAUCAGUGAGGAAUCUCGGACGCGACGUCCGCCUGUGAUGUAAAGCUCUCAAGCAAAAUGGCCUUGAUGUUAUGUAAACAAAAGAUUUUAUUAUGUUCCAUGAUAUUUGGAAUGAUCUUUGUGGAAAUCUUUGUCCAGUUCGCUUUUUAUUUGUAAUUGCUGACUUCUUCAUGAUAGAGCACAUCUUGUCAUUCCUGUUUCUGUGCUCUGGAGAUCUUAUUUAAUGGUUAAUGGUAAUGUGAUGUUGAUAUAAAUGCUUUUUUUGGGGGGGGGCAGUUUUGCAGUUAUGUUGUUGUUAUUGUUUUAUAUCGAUUUAAAAAGCAGCCUAGGGUCAGGAACUGUCGGCGGGAGAAUCUCUUUAAUAGAUGAUGUGUAUUUUAUUGAGCCCGUAUUUAAACAAUUAGCCUGAUAUUUUAAAAAUCACGCUGUAAUUUCUCAGCUUUUUUUAAAAACAAACAAAACAAAAAAACAGCAAACACACACACACACGUAUGAUAAUGGAUAUUUCCAGAACUCUGUCUUCCAGGUCAACACGAAGAGUCCUGGAAAUAGAUGAUCCGUGCAAAGAAGAAAGCUCGUUAGAAUUAUGUUACAAGUGUUUUAUUGUCUUUCCCCUUGUUGUGUUUUAUUGUCUGAAUUUCUCUGUUGGUUUCGCUGUUUGUUUUUAUAAUAAAACAACACAUGACA